AUGAGCCAAGAGCCGAUGCACGAGUCUUGGGAGAGAUUCAAGGACUUAUUACGACAAUGCCCUCAACACGGAUUCAACCCGUGGGAUCAAAUGGAGUUAUUCUACAAUGGGCUCGAUCAACCAGCCCGAUCUCUAGUCGAUGCUGCAUCAGGUGGAUCAUUGCAAAACAAGACUCCUACAGACGCUCGAGACAUUGUCGAGCGAAUGUGUGAGAAUGCUUACCAUUGGCCGUCCGAACGGAGUGGUGUACAAAAGGUGGCCGGAGUCCACCAACUCGAUCCUUUAGCCGCAGUUUCAGCACAAUUAGCUACUCUAUCAAAUCAGGUCGCCCAAUUAUCAGUUCGAGGGCCACAGACCGAACGAGUAGCAGCAGCAAGUACCUCACAAGCCACAAACGACGAUUGGGAGCAGACACACUUUAUGAACCACCGAUUCAACAAUUUCCGGGGAACCAACAAUCAGAACCAAAACCCUACUCAUUACCACCCGGGAAUUCGGAAUCACGAGAACUUCUCCUAUGUCAAUCCAAAGAAUGCUCUACAACCACCUCCCGAUUUCAACCAUCAAAGAGAGCAACGAGGGCCAACGUAUGACGAGCGUCUUCACCGACAAGAACAGGAAAUGGAGGGCCUGAAAUCAACAAUGAAGAACAUGGAGAAGCAAAUAGGGCAAAUCGCCCAAUCCAUGUCCACAAUGGCCAAGGGUGGAUUUCCGAGCAAUACCGAAGUCAAUCCAAAAGAAAGUUGUCAAGCCAUAACCACCCGAAGUGGUUUUCAAAUGACCGAUCCUCCUUAUCCGACAGACGAGUCACCAAGGCCAGCUGUACAACCGACCCCGGUCGAGCCGGAAAUCACCAUCUCAGGGAGUAGUACAAAAGAGGCUAGUAAGCCCAAUAACAUUUCUUUCCCUGAUAAUCCUCCUCUUAUGAUAACUCCUAUUCCUUUUCCAGAAAGACAGAAGAAGAAGAAGUUCCAGGAUCAGUUGAAGAAGUUCAUUGAAAAGAUCAAACAGAUUCGAAUCAACAUCCCUUUUGUAGAGGCCUUGGAGGUAAUGCCAAACUACACCAAGUUUAUGAAGGAAGUCCUAUCCAAGAAAAUUCGGAUCGAAGAAGACAUACCAGUGACACUCACGGCAACUUGCAGUGCCAUUCUUCAGUCGAAUCUACCACCGAAAAUGAAAGAUCCAGGGAGUUACACUAUUCCUUGUAUUAUUGGAAAUUCUACUUUCGAUAAAGCUUGA